AUGGGCAUUUGCGGUUUGAAUGGGUAUUGUACUCUCAUGGAUCAACGGGCCGUAUGCAACUGUAUUCCUGGUUUCAACUUCAUUGAUGAGAGUCGCCAAAGUUUGGGUUGCCAACAGACAAAGUUAGAGGAAGAAGCUGAUCGUCAGGGCUGCAGCAGCGGGGGAAAUGAAACACAAAAUAAUAGCAACUCAUCAUCCAUGUCUACGUUGGAGAACACUUCAUGGGAAGAUAGUCAAUAUUCAGUUUUACUAUCCCAAACUGAAGAAGAAUGCAAAGAUGCUUGCUUGGCAGACGAUAACUGUGAAGCUGCAACGUUUAAAGACCAGCAAUGCCAAAAACAGAAGCUCCCAUUGAGAUACGGAAGAAGAAAAAUAGAUAGAUCCACCACCACCACCUUAACUUUUGUUAAGGUCAUCGGGAAGAGGAGGAGUUGUACACCGAGUGAUGAUGAUGGGGGAGCGGUAACUAAUAAAGGUAUCUUAAUUAAAAUUAUCAGUAUUGCAUUUACUGCUUGUGCAUUUCUGGUAUUAGCAUUUUCCGGCUUUCUUGUUUACCGGUACCGUGUUUGGGCGUAUAAAAAGAUCUCAGAUCAGGAAAAUAAUCACAUAGGAAGAUUAGUUGAGGAGAUCGGACUUCGAUCAUUUACAUAUAGUGAGCUUGAGAAAGUGACAGAAGGUUUCAAAGAAGUGGUGGGUAGGGGAGCUUUCAGCACAGUUUUUAAAGGAAUCAUAUUCUUCUCAAAUAAGCAUAAUAAUAAUAAUAAUAAUAAUGGCAGAAGUAGUACUAGUAGUAGGAUCGUAGCUGUGAAGAGACUAGACAAAGUGUUGGAUGAAAGAGAGAGAGAAUUUCAGACUGAGAUGAGAGUAAUUGCCAAAACUCAUCACAGAAACCUAGUUCAAUUGCUUGGUUACUGUUGUGAUGGCCCAAAUAGGCUUCUGGUGUACGAAUAUAUGAGCAAUGGAUCACUUGCAGACUUCCUCUUCAAAUCCGAAGAAGAACCACCACCAUGUUGGGAUGAAAGGGUUGGAAUUGCUGUCAACAUAGCUAGAGGUAUCCUCUACCUACAUGAAGAGUGUGACACCCAGAUCAUCCACUGUGACAUAAAGCCUCAAAACAUCCUCAUGGACGAAUACGGAUGUCCAAAGAUUGCUGAUUUCGGAUUGUCAAAGUUGUUAAAGGCAGACCAAACUAGGACUCAGACUGGGAUUAGAGGGACCAGAGGGUAUGUUGCACCAGAGUGGCACCGGAACUUGCCGGUGACAGUUAAAGCAGAUGUUUACAGUUAUGGGGUUGUAUUUUUGGAGAUAAUAUGCGGUAGAAGGAGAAUCGAUUUGAAUGUGCCAGAGGAAGAAAAUAUCCUCACAGAUUGGGUAUACGACUGUUUUCAGGCCGGUGAUGUUGGUAAGUUGGUGGGUGCCAACGAAGAGGUGGACAAAAGAAGAUUGGAUAAGAUGGUUAGGGUCGCAAUUUGGUGUAUCCAAGAUGAGCCCUCGCUUCGUCCUUCCAUGAAGAAGGUGGUCUUAAUGUUAGAAGGGACCGUAGAGGUAUCCAUUCCUCCUUGUCCCACAUCUUUUCUGAGUGCCAUGUAACCAAGUCAAAAGUUAUGUAAUUUUAAUUUGAAUCGUU